GUGAAACAAAACCCAAGCCGAAAGAAAUGCAAUCUCAUUUCAUUUCUCCUUCCCCGUGAAAACUAAUUUCUCCCAAACCGCAAUUGAUGAAAACCCGAAAACCCAAACCCCGUGAAACACUCCCGCUCACCUUCGCAUGCACGUCGCCAACAAUUCUUCCAGGCUCGUUGGAGUUUCCCCCUUGUCGGCGCCAUUGAUGUUCUCGUUUUCUCUCUCCUCCUCUGUUUCGCCGUUGUUGUUGUUGUUUUCAGAGGUGUUGCCGUUGGUCUUGCUGGUUGUUAGCACCGUUGUAUGCUGCUUCUACCAUCACCGUCGCCGUCGAAGCCUCGAAACUCCUCCUCUCUGUUCUUCGCGUCGCUGCUCUUGUGAGCAGAGAUUUUUUAAGGCCUAUCAUUGGUUCCAUUCUCAUGUUCCUAUUGUUAUAGGCGAGGUAUCAUCUGAUUGUUGCGGGUUUCUAAUAGGUUAGUCAUCCCCCUGGUGCUUGUCUGGCUAUUAAAUAAUUGUUUCGUCUCAUGUUAGGAAUUCUUUGAUGAAUUGAGUCUCUAUCCUUAACUAUGACAAGUUUGACCCGGCUUGGAUAAGGCCAUUCUCUUUGGUGUUGGGAAUACAUUAGUCUGUGACAAUCUUGAUGAAGCCAAGCGUCUAAGCUGGACAGGGGAAAGGUUUAAAGUUGUAAGUAUUGAUAGAACUCUCCUGACAAAAGCUGGUACUAUGACUGGUGGAAUGGAGGCAAGGUCAAACAAAUGGGAAGACAAGAAAAUUGAAGAGCUUAAAAAAAAGAAAGAACAACUUGAAUCUUUGCUUGAGGCUACUGAGUCACCCCGGGAGAUGCAUCUCAAAGAGACAGAGGUCUCUGUCAAAAUUAGUGGCUUGGAAAAGAAGAUGAAGUACGCUGAAAUAGAAGAGAAAAGCAUUCGUGAUAAGCUUAAGAAAUUGGAGAAUGAAAAGAGGAACAUUGAGGAAGAAAUUCGCAGGAUUGAGCCUGAUCAUGCAAUGUUAGAGGCCACUAUCAAGAAAAGAGACGGUGAAAUAAAGAAGUUAUUGGAGAAGAGGAUAAAUGAAAUUGUCGAUCGCAUUUACAAAGAUUUCAGUGAAGCUGUCGGUGAUGACAUUCGGGCAUAUGAGGAAACUCAACUGACGGCUGAUGCAGAGACAUUCGAGAAAAAGGUUACCUUGCGUAACGAAAUAUCAAAGCUGAAGUAUCAGUAAGUUUCUUUUUUUUUUUUUUGACAUACCUCUUUGUUUAAAUGUCUCUCUCAUUGUUUAUCUAUAGCAACUGUGUAACCUAAUUGUACAUAUGGUACUAAAAGCUUUGAAGACAGGAAAAUGAGUGACAUAAAAAGUAAGUUGGCCUUAACAAUGAUAAUGGAUCCUUCCAGAAGGGUUCUUGUUUUAUAAUUAUUUGGCAACUGUGUAAUCAACAUGCUUUGACAAGAACUGACCUGGCUAUAUUCCCCUUAUUUUUGCCCACCCUACCCAUGAUAAGGAGGAACUCAUAUGUACAGGUUCUGGCUCACUUGACUAAUAUUAUUGGACAAGAAUGGUGGACACUUGAAAAGUUUUACAUUUAAGUUUACUUCGAGCUACUAAAAUUUUGAUGGCUUAUAAAAAUGUGCUAUGCUCAGUUUUGAUAACUUUUUGAAAGGCUGAAAGCCUGAGACUAAAAUGCCCGUUUUAUUGUAGCCUUUGUUAACUACAAUUGCAAAUGUGAAAUUUCUAUCUUUACCGUACUGUGGAGUUCUGAAUUUUCUUAUAACAUAUCUUUGCAUGUUGCAAAAUGAUAGAAUCUAAAAACAUGUGAUACUUUCAGAAUGACCUGUCCUGGAAGUGAAUAAUUAAGUG